AUGACAAUGUUGAUCACAGAAGCAGUGCCUAUACUUUCCAAUGAUCUGGACAGUACACGGCUGGAGGUUUCUCCAUAUGCUGCACCUAGUGUUGCCCUGCAAUUGAAGGAUGCUAGCCGACUUUACGUGCCAGCUCAUUUGCUCUGGGGGGUUCCCGAGUUACCCGCUUCUGGUGAAGAUGGUGUAUACCAUCUCGAUAUACCUCAUGACGUGGCCCAUAUACUCGUCCAUUACCUCUUCACCAACACCUAUCAGUGCCUUAAACCGAAAGGCUCGUCGCUAAGCGAGAAGCUCAUCGCUGAGUUUUCAACAAGCAUUCGUGUUUAUACUGCUGCUCGAAAGUACAAAUUACCAGUACUGGAGGAACUUACUCGGGCCGAAAUAAUCAGACUGGGUAGUGGAUUUGGCAUUCCCUUGGUAUUUGACCUAAUACAAGAAGCCUAUCCAAAUCCAAACUCGGACGAUACGUGGCUCUGCCAAUAUCUCAAAAGUCGCUUGAAAAUUCUUUUCACCGACCCCAGAGAGUUGCUUGAGUGGGACCCAACUGUUCAACAAAAAGCCACCACCAUCAGUGACAUCCUGUUGAAGAAUAUGUUGGAGUUACUUCAAGAAAAUAUGAGUUUGACCCACAGGCCAAUCAAUGGAAUACAUGAAACAUCACAGGCAACUCUUUUGAAGGCCGAUUCAAUACCCACUGAGAGUAUAGAACCGCUGAAAUCGGCCGAACCUGACGCCAUUGAAAUUAAUACCGACCAGAAUCCAGUGAGUAAUGAUAUUGAGAUGAAGAUGAAUGACAACAACACUGGCAAGAAUGGUAUCGACACAUACAAAGAUCACGUUAACACAGAUAACGAUGCCAUUAACACAGCGAAGAAAGGGAUUGAUUCGGAUAAUAAUACCAACCUGGACAAGAACGAUGUCAACUUAGCUAACAACGAGGACAACAUGCGAAAGAAUGACAGCAACACAAGCAAGAGUGAUGAUGAAAUAACGAGAAAUGGGGCGCACACUCCUGUAUCCAAGUCCGGGUCUUGUGAGCCGGAGACUCCGAAGGGGGAUCAUGUUAUAAAUGGGCUUGAUAAUGGAGCUAAGGCUACGGAAGAUAAGAAAGAUGAGAAAGAUUUCUGGGGAUUGAGCCUGAAGAAAAAGAAGAAGAAGAAAGCUGUGAAAGGUUUAACGGCAGAGUCGCUCCAGGAAGGGGUGGCUGUUAAACCUUAG